AUGGCCGCCACCAYGUGAAAAUUCUUCUCCAAAUAAAAUCUUCUAAGAACUCUUCAAAAAUCAAAAUAAAACGUACCUCUGUCAACAUGGUUCGUAUGAGGAAAGCCAAGGGACAGAAAUGGAGGAAAGGACAUAGCUGCGAGUCUAAUCCCAAGACGAACAAACAUCGGUCCCAGAUGCGAAGAGGAGUGAUAACUGGACAGAAUGUUGGAAAUACUUCGAAUCUAACGACCAAAGCACUACAAAAACACAACGAAAUACAGGACUCGAAUAUAGAAUAUGAUGAAGAUGAUGUGAUGAGCACGAAGAGUGCUGGGUUGUUUAGUAUAGGAGGUCUUACGGAUUGUUCUAAUCCUGUUUUUGAGAACGUGAAGCGUUUUUGGAACUCGCAAGCCAGUCACCAGAAAGAGAUUUGUGCAGUACUUGCAGCUGUGACAGAGGUUAUCAAAGCACAAGGAGGGAAUGAAACAGAAGUAGAGUACUUUGCAACACUGAUGACAGCUCUCGAGUCAGCAGAGAAUGAAGAAUCCCUCACAGCAAUAGCUUAUCUUCUCACUCUAGUCAUAAAAAGUGUACCAGAGUCUAUUUUGAAAACCAAGUUUUCCAAGGCAGCAAAAAUACUCCUAACUACUUUAGGAGGAUAUGCUGGAGAUGGAGCAACCUCUUUGCUUAGAUCGCUUAUUGCAUGUUUAAGUAGACUUCUCAUGGUACAAGACAAUGCUGYGUGGUCAGAACCCUCGACAAUGAAGACAUAUCAUGGCUUACUAAGCUUUACUAUCCACAGUAAACCUAAGGUGCGUAGGUGUGCCCAUGAAGCUGUUGAGAUGUUGUUGAAGAAGCCAAGAACUGGCUCAGACUUUCAUCCUGCAGCUGCUGCUACUGCAAAGUUUUGCAUGCAACAAAUACAGGAACAUGGAGGUUCAUCAAAGUCAAUAACCACACUACACAUUAUUGGACUGCUGAAAGAUAUUCUGCCACUAUUACCCUGUCAGAAUGUCAAGGCAGUCUGUGAAAAUUUGUUAAAGCUCAUGACACUUGGAGAUGUGAUGGUAACAGUGAAUGCGUUACAAGCAAUGUUCAAGUUAUUCACAGCAUCAACCAGUACAGCAACAUUAUCAGUUGAGCUAAAUGCUCAAAUCAUUAAUGCACUUUAUGACUAUCAGCCAAGUGUCCGUGAUGUAGAAUUGUCCUUGGCUUGGAUAUCUACCAUAGAAAAGGCUUAUGUUAACUUGGCAAGGAUUGACAGUAAAUUAUGCACAGCUCAUCUGCCAAGAUGCUUCUCAUCUCUCAUGCCAUUCUAUCUGUCUGAACAURAGAACCUUACUAUUGCUGUCUCAAACACAAUGAAGGUGCUUCUAAAGAGCUGCGUAGAACCAGCUGUGGAUGUAAUAAGUGAAGAGUUGUCUAGGAGUGGCAAUAACACAAACACUGCUGCUCAUAAGAUCAUCAGAUGUUUGGAAGCAGGUCUCAAAUAUCGCUACCACGAACAAUGGGAUCUUAUCCUACAAGUCAUUGGUGUACUAUUUGAGGUGCUUGGAAAACCUUGCUCAGACCUCUUGGAAAAGAUGUUAAUAUCCCUGUGUGAUCUGUAUGGAACAUAUAAGUUCCCAUAUUCCAAUGAACUGAAGAGAGCGGUUGGCAUGGCAAUACAGAAAAUGGGACCAAAUGAAAACUGUGAAUUCCCAAGAGCCUGGCUUCUCCCUGUACUAAAAGACAAUAUCAAAGACACUGAACUCAAGUAUUUCUUUGAUGUGAUGUUGCCUCUUGCUGCAGAACUACGAACUAAAGCUACCACAUUGAAGGAAGCAGGGAAAGAAGUACAAAGUAAAGUUUAUGAUACUUUACAGAUUCAGAUAUGGUCUCUUCUUCCUGGUUUCUGCACAAGACCAACAGACAUUUGUCAGUCUUUCAAGUCUGUAGCUCGUAUCCUUGGCAUGGCGUUGACUGAGAGACCAGAUCUUUGUCUGAUAGUUUGUCAUGGAUUGAGAUUACUUGUGUCAAAAACAACAAAAGAAGAGGAAAAGAAGGAGUUGUCUUUAUAUGCAAAGAACUAUCUUCCCAUCCUAUUCAACCUGUACACUGGUGAAGAGAAGGAUGGCGACCCGGACAAACUGCCAAUAUUAGAAACUAUACGAGCAUAUCUAACCAUCACUGAUACACAGCUGGCUUCAAGGUUUCUUUCCAAAGCAAUUGAAAAAGUUACAAACGAGGAGACGUCUGUGUACUCGAGGAACCACAUGAUGGACAUGAUCAUUGCUAUGAUUCCUUACGUUGAACGAAGCAACAUCGAAAAGUUAUACAACAUCGUUGUGCCCUAUCUUAAGGUUCAAGAUAUCUCGCAGCAAAAGAAAUCGUAUCGAGUCAUCGAACAGAUCUGCGCUUCGAGUUCACCAGCCUGCAUCAACUUCGUCUCGUCGCAUCUGAAUGAUUUACAAGAAAUACUUAUGGAAGCUCUUUCUUCUUCCAGCUCGGCAUCUAAAGCACCUCGUUUAAGAUGCCUCACUCACAUUGUACAAAAACUGGACACAGACCAGGAAAACUUUAUCAAGGCAAUCGUCCCAGAGGUUAUCUUGUGUACCAAAGAAGUGAGCGUUAAAGCAAGAACUGCAGCACUUACUUUACUUGUCGAUACGUGUCACGCUUUGUGCCGCAGUCAGGGAAUGACCAGACGAGAUGGUCUUAUUUCGUAUCUUCAGCUAGUCAUGGCUGGCCUGGCUGGCUCUCCUCACAUGGUCAGUGCAACCAUCAUCUCCAUCUCUAGGAUCGUGUAUGAGUUCAGAAGUGAUGUACCAACCGAAGUCAUGGAACAGCUUAUUCGAAGUGUGCUGGUUUGUCUGGCAUCAAGAAGCAAAGAAAUCAUUAAAUCUACUCUUGGCUUCUUUAAGGUUGUCAUUUCCGUGCUGAGUAGAGAAGAUCUUGCACCGUACGCCCAGGAUCUGGCAAGUGGCGUGGUCACGUGGAAUGAAGAUAAUCGUCGUCGCUUUCGGUACAACGUUAAAGUGCUGUUUGAGAGACUUAUUCGUAAGUUCGGGCUGACGAAACAGAGGACCAGGAUAACCUGCAGACAAAUGAAGAAAGUUAUGAAGAUUUGAUGUUCGGCUCCGACGAAGAGGAAGACGAUGAACCCAAACAAAAGGCCAAGUCAAAGGAUAAAAAGUUAGCCAAACAAAACGUCAAAGGUCCCAAGACUUGGAUUCGUGAAGGAGCUGACGAAGAACCUGUUGAUUUCAUGGACUCCAAAAUAGUCCAGAGAGUUUCAGCUACCGAUCCAAGUAAAGGAACUAAACGAAAACACAAUGACGAAUUUGAGAUUUCCAAAGAUGGCAGACUCAUUAUCCCGGAUGAGAAUGACGAGGACGAUGAGGAGACUGGUACCAAGCGUAAGAAGAAGCGAGCUCUUGAUAAACUUGAUGAAGAAGAUGACUUAGAAGAUCAAAUCAAGGAUCUUGGAGCUAAACGAAAGAGAGCUAAACAAGGUGAGGAAGAUGAAGAAGAGGAUGAAAGAAAACCAAGUAAUCGAGGUGGGAGCGCGUUUGGAUCUGAGUACAAAGCAAAACGUGCUGGAGGAGAUGUGAAAAGGAAAGGAAAGCCUGACCCUUACGCGUACUUACCUCUGAAUAGAAGCUCUUUAAACAAAAGAAAACAGCGCAAAGCAGCAGGCCAGUUUCAAAGUCUCGUGCGAGCAACAAAAAAGGGCUCAUCAAAGGUCAAAGGUCACCGGCAAGGAAAAGCAAAAUAACAAGUACAAUAACGCCCUUUACUUAAUUAUUAGCUAUUAAUCUUUAUUACGUACAGCGAAUUUAAUUUUUAUUAAACCACAGUAAACAUAUAAUGAGAGAGAAGGGAUGGGAGCGAUGUUGUAGACGGCGUUACGUCUGCCAUUGUUCUUGUACACUUCAGCACACGUUUUAUGGAUUGGGCGCUGAAAGCAAGU